CCUCAGCUGCCGGAUAAAAAUGGCCAUGUCAAAUAUGUGCGCCAUCACUACUCUCCUUGCUUGAAAGCUACUGACCUUCAGGCCAUGAGUCUCACCGUCAAACUGUGCUGUCCUCAACCAGCUCUGCUUCUGCCUACUUCAGCUUCCAUAAACAAACCAAUUAGAAAUUUGACUAUAAAUCCAUCAUCCCCAACAACCCAGAAACUUAAAGGAAGCAACUUUCUCAGUUCAGCUCCCGUUGCUGAAACCCAGCAGAAGUCUGAAAUCAAACCCUUAAUUGAUAUUCUACGUGGUUGUGAGGACAUUGGGUCUUUGAAACAAGUAAAAUCUGUUCAUGGGUUUGCGUCAAAAUCCAAUCUUUCGGGCCAAGACUUGCUCGUAUUGUUGAACCAUGUAGUCCAUGCCUAUUCGAAAUGCUCGGAUUUUGGCACAGCUCGUAAGGUGUUUGAUGAAAUGUCUGAGAGAAACAUAUUCUCUUGGACGGUCAUGAUUGUUGGGUGUACUGAGAAUGGUUUGUUUUUCGAUGGGUUUGAGUUGUUUAGGGAGAUGGUGAACAAUGGAGUUUUGGCUGACAAAUUUGUAUAUACCGCAAUUAUCCAGACAUGUAUUGGUCUAGAUUGUGUUGAAUUGGGCAAAAUGGUGCAUGCCCAGAUUGUUGUGAGAGGCUUUGAAUACGAUGGAUUUGUUAGCACAUCUCUGCUUAACAUGUAUGCGAAGUUUGGAGAGAUUGAGGAUUCAUGUAGGAUGUUUAAUACCAUGACAGAACAUACACAAGUCUCCUGGAAUGCAAUGAUUUCGGGCUUAACAUCGAAUGGUUUUCAUAUGGAAGCAUUUGAUCAGUUUCUCAGUAUGAAGAGAAAAGGAAUUAGACCGAAUAAGUAUACUCUCGUCAGUGUAUCAAAAGCUGUUGGGCAACUAGGUGAUGGUAACAAGUGCAAAAUUAUUCACAGUUGUGCAUCUGAAUUGGGUGUUGAGUCUAGUGUUCUUGUGGGAACGGCUCUCAUUGAUAUGUACUCCAAGUGCAAGUCUUCGUCGGAUGCAAGAUCAGUUUUUGACACGAAUUUCAUUAGCUGUGAAGUCAAUAUGCCAUGGAAUGCGAUGAUUUGUGGAUAUUCACUGUGUGGUUACAGCGAACAAGCGUUGGAACUUUUUGUGAGAAUGUGCAGAAACAAUGUACAACCAGACCUUUACACUUAUUGCAGCGUGUUCAAUGCAAUAGCUGCAUUAAAAUUCUUGCAUUUAGGUCAGGAAAUUCAUGCUAUGGUUUUAAAGUCUGGGGCAGAAAUGAAGGGAACAAGUGUUUCCAAUGCAAUUGCUGAUGCAUAUGCCAAAUGUGGCUUACUUGAAGAUGUACAGAAGGUUUUUGACAAAACAGAAGAGAGAGAUAUGGUGUCUUGGACGACUUUGGUGACUGCUUAUUCUCAAUGUUCUGAGUGGGAGGAUGCGCUGACAAUCUUCUCAAAGAUGAGGGAUGAAGGAUUUACACCAAAUCAGUUCACUCUCUCUAGUGUACUUGUUGCAUGUGCCAGCCUUUGUUCACUUGAGUAUGGUCAGCAAGUCCAUGGCCUCCUGUGCAAGGCUGGCUUGGACACAGGCAGGUGCACUGAAAGCGCUCUUGUUGAUAUGUACGCCAAAUGUGGUAAUAUAACUGAGGCGCAGGAGGUCUUUGAGAGGAUUACUGACCCCGAUACAAUUUCGUGGACUGCCAUUAUAUCAGCCUAUGCUCAACAUGGUCUUGUGGAGGAUGCCCUUGAACUCUAUGGUAGAAUGGAGCAGUCGGGUGUGAAGGUCAAUGAUGUUACCUUAUUGUGUGUUCUCUUUGCGUGCAGCCACAGAGGUAUGGUAGAAGAAGGUCUCCAUCAUUUCAGUUUGAUGGAACAAUCUUGUGAUCUGGUGCCGAAGAUGGAACAUUACGCUUGUAUUGUUGAUCUCUUAGGCCGCGUGGGCCGUCUUAAUGAUGCAAUGGACUUCAUCAAAAGGAUGCCAAUUGAGCCCAACGAAAUGGUUUGGCAGGCUUUGUUGGCAGCAUGUAGGGUCCAUGAAAAUGUGGAGUUGGGGGAGAUUGCAGCUGAGAAGAUCCUUUCCAUUAGGCCAGAACACUCAGCUACCUAUGUUCUUCUAUCCAACACAUAUAUCAGGACAGGGAGUUAUGAAGAUGGACUUAGUUUGAGAGAUGCGAUGAAAGACCGCGGUGUCAAGAAGGAACCAGGAUGUAGUUGGAUUUCUGUGAAAGGUAGAGUCCACAAAUUUUAUGCAGGGGAUCAACAACAUUCAGAAAAACAUGACAUAUAUGCAAUCUUAGAAGAGCUAAGAGUGAAGAUUAAGUCCUUGGGUUACAUCCCGGACUUGAAUUAUGUAUUGCAAGAUCCACAUCUAGCAUUAAAUACAGGAAUGCCGGAAUGAGAUUUUGAACUACAUUGAUUUGUUAUUGCCCAAUAUAUGUGGCACACAACGAGGAAACGAGAACGAGAUGAAAUUCUAAGGGAGGAUUUGGGAAAUUCGCAUGCACGUUUAAUGAUUAUUCUCCACUUGUUUUACACAUCAAGGAGCAUCAGGUCGUAAAAGGCUACAAAUGCAAACUCCACAAAACUUUCAUGACAAAACUGGUUUGAUGAUAUGGUGUGGGGUUAAUGACUGAUUAGGGGGAAUGUACUGCUUGUAAAUAGGAAUUGGGGGCUCCUGAACAGAUUAUUAAAGUAACUUUUUCUGAUACAUUACAAUAUGUUGAUUUAAUUGUGGAGAUUAUUAUGAGUACUAGACUUAUAACACCAGUAUAUCUGUGCAGAAAUUUGGGUUGCCAUGCUUGUUUGUUGUUGGAUGGAAACUAAACAUUGUCGUAUUGUUAAAUAUGGAGCUUAUUUAACUGUGGAUAGAGUACAAGGCAGUGGAUGUACUCAACAAGCUCCAUAUAAGGUCGAGUGGCAGAACUGGAUUCAUGUUAAGGACCCUUGAGCUCCACCGCUGAGGAAGAUCCACCAAGAUCGACAAAGCAGUGGGACCAGAAUGCAGGAUCCUCAAUGCUGUAGAAGAAUUCAGGUUGAUGCACCCAACUUCGCUGCAAAAUCAGUCAACAUAGUGUUCUGAAAAGCCAGGCUGUUCAAGUCCCCAAUAAUGAGAUGCAUUAUUGAUAUAGAGGGAUCAGCUUGUUUUAGGUCAUGAGUUGGUGAUAAUAAGGUGAAUGCAGGAUCCUCAAUGCUGUAGAAGAAUUCAGGUUGAUGCACCCCAACUUCGCUGCAAAAUCAGUCAACAUAGUGUUCUGAAAAGCAGGCUGUUCAAGUCCUAAUAAUGAGAUGCAUUAUUGAUAUGGAGGGAUCAGCUUGUUUUAGGUCAUCGAUUUGAUCAUAAUAAGGUUCUCUCUGUUAUUGGUUCAUCGAUUUGAUCUUUGUUAAGUCAUCAAUCUCCCACUAUCCCUACUUCAAUUUCUCAGUUGUAUAAGCAACCUUGUACUAUAUGUUGAAACACAAGAAUGUAGCUACUUUCUUUCACAGCUGUGUGCAACUGUAGAGCUUUACGUGGCUAACACAGCCGCAGAGAACUCAUUGCUUACAUGAACAGAACCAUGAAAGAAAGUGUUUCUAUUAUGCAAUAAAUUCUUCUUUGGAUCGGAGUUUGAUUGGGGUUUUACGUUCUGCGCUUUUAAUCUCAUACUAUGAUCUAAAAUCUGAAAAGUACGUGUGUCUCCUAUCUUCAUGGGGCCUAAGAAAUGCAGGACAUCGAUCAACAGGAGACGGUAGAAUGUGUGCCUUUGAUUCAGCAUCCAAAAAUCAACAAGAAGACAGCUAGCACCUUCCUGAAACGUCUUGCUGAAAUGUACAUAUGAUGGGCUCAGAACCUCUUCUGCAAUCGCUGUAGGAUCUUGCAGCAGCCCUAACAUGUGAUGAAGAAGACGCAACUACUCUCUCAUGCAUUCACAAGGGACUAACUGGCAUGAUCAUCAUCCAGGGUUCUCGUAUGCUCCAUACAACUUUUACCGAAUUCAUUUCUGGAUCAUUGUAAAUCCAACUGUGUCAUGUUCGAUGGCUACAACCAACCCCGUGACCUAAAUUUUGCGAUGUCUCUUUUGUCAAGAAGAGAAGUGGGGUAUGAGAUUGCUCUACUCGAAGUAGAAGAAUUAGCUGCUUCCCUCGAUCUGUGACCUAAUGCCAUGCAUAAUGAUGCUAUAUAUAUAGAGAGAUUUUUGUCUUAUACAUGGGUCACCUCCAAGAUGAUGGGUACAGAUUUCACGUCCUUGAACGUCACACACAGGCCACCACAUGCACUCAUUAUGGCUCGAAAUUACGAAUACCCUUUAUCAACUCUAAGCUUUGUAUGACAAUGUGUAUUCUAAUUUUAAUGUCGGAUUUAGAAGUUUUUCUUUAUGGUUA